AUGCGACGCCUAUAUCAAGAUUUCGUAUGCUUUACCGCCCUUGAAUCUUCUGCCCAGCAAGUGACUUCUCAGCCAUCUGCUGGUCUGCUGCCCAACUCACCCCAGAGCGACUUUGUUAUUUUGAGCGGCUCUGAACGCGAGGCGCCGGGCCAGUACAUCCGUGGCAAGGUCACCCUUUGCCUGCCGUCCGCGCAGCGCGCCAGGGGCGUGCAGCUGCAGUUGGUCGGCUAUCACAGGACAUCGUGGCUGGUAUAUCGAACACAGGCAGCUGACAUGGCCUUCAGCGACCACGACUCAGACCUGCAUUCCGCCUCCUCCACGACGGGCGUUGUCUACCAGCACAUUUGGGCGCCGUUCCUCAUCGACGACGUCCCCUCGGCAUCUCUCGGCGGGCCCCUGCCCAAGGGCACUUACGAGUGGCCCUUUGAGCACCUCAUCCCGGGCCACGUCCCCGAGACAGCCCGCGGCUGUCCCCGCUGCAGCAUCACCUACCACCUCAAGGCGAGCACCGUCCGCGACGCGCCCGACGAGACAUCGCCUCAGGCCAUGAAGCCCAUUCGUAUCAUCCGCACCCUGCCGAGCUCGGCCUUUGCCCUCAUGGACGCCGCCACUGUCGAGGGCACAAGCACCGGCCGCCUCGUCUACUCCCUGUCGCUCGCCCACAAGGCCAUCGCCCUCGGCACCGUCCUGCCUGUCGACCUGCGCUUCACCGCCCUCGCCAAGAACAUCACCCUGCGUUCCGUCCGCUGCUUGCUGCGCGAGGUCCACUCGCUCGAGACACAGGUGGCCUCGGGCUGCCCCGGCGCCGGGACGACGACCAGCACCGUUGAGGGGUAUCGGCUCGCGGCGGCGUGGGACCUGGCGAUGGACGACAAGGGCCGCAUCGGUCGGUUUGACGGCGCGGCGGGCGAAUGGCAUGUCCAGAGGCGGCUGCCGAUGCCGACGACGCUGAUCAAGUGUUCGCCUGAUGUUGAUGUGCGCGGCAUCAAGGUCAGUCACCAGGUGGAAUUCGCCGUGACUUUUGCGGAGGGACCUGAUAUGAUUUCGAAUAGAGCUGACUGGUGCAGUUCCGAGCCACAAUCCCCAUCAAGCUCUACAUCUCUCCCAACGCCCCCGUCGCGGGCUCGGACUACUUCAUCUCGAGGCGCCCCGACGUCCACGUCUGCGCCGCCGGCGCCCUUGAACAGCAGCAUGGAGGUGCCCCCCUGCUACGGCCGCCACAAGCUUGGACGAGCUUGCUCGAGGACGACCCGACCCUCCCUCGUUUUUGCAGCGUUACGAUCCCGUCGCGCCGGCCUAUGA